GCGCAAGCUCCCAAACCAUUGCCCUCCUAUAGUCCUCGCGUCACUCCCUCGGCGGCGAAAAGAUCGGUGGUUGCGACCCUCCGCGAAGCGAAGCGUCACGGUAAAGGCUGCUACCAAGCCCAGAACACCCCGAUCGAUCGGCGGCAUGGCCGGGAGCGCGAGGUCGGCGGCCGCGAAGCACGCGUACCGGAUGUUCGCGCCGUCCAGGGGCGCCGCGGCGAGGGGACCCGGCGCCGGCGCGGCGGAGGAGUUUGACGAGUCGGACGUCUGGGGCUCGUCCGGCCCCGGGGCCGGCGGCGGCGUGGACACCGGCCCCGGCGCGGAGCUGGCCGCCGCCCGGGCGCGGCCGAUCUCGGCCUCCCGCGCCGCGCGGAAGAAGCCGGCGGACGGCGGCGGCGGCGCGCCGGGGUCGCUGCCGAUGAACAUACCGGAUUGGCAGAAGAUCCUCGGGGUCGAGUACCGGGACCACCACGCGGGCGAGUGGGAGCUCGACGGGGACGACGACGGCGGCUACGGCAGGGCGGGCGGCGGCGGCGCGGAGAUGGUGCCGCCGCACGAGCUGGCGUGGCGCAGCCGGGCCGCGUCGCUUUCGGUGCACGAGGGGAUCGGCAGGACGCUCAAGGGGCGCGACCUCAGCCGGGUCCGCGACGCCGUCUGGAAGAAGACCGGCUUCGAGGACUGAACUGUGAGCGGAUCGACGCGUGCCGGCGGGAGAGCUUGGCUCGCUCGGCGCCCGGUUGCCGGUUGCUCUAGGUAGCAGCCAGUCGUAGGUUAGAAAAAUGAGCACUGCUAAUUGCUUAUCUCUUGAUUUCUUUUUCUUUCUUCCUCGCCUCCUUUUCUUUUUUCUUUUCUUUUUUGCCUUGCGUAAAGGGGAAACAGAUCGGGGUAGCAAGCCUUUGUUGUUUUGUUCAUGGAGAUGCAAGCCGGAGGUUGGGGGGUGUUGAUUCAUGGUGUGACAAUUUUAAGGGCACCUGGAGAAAGGACGAAUUUGUACGAUCAAGUCGAUAUUGAUCCCUUGUCUGCUAUCUCUUUCUAGAAUGGAAAAUGUUUAAUUCU